AUGGCAGAAAUGAACAAGACCGACAUCCAGCAGCCCAAAGAUCGUCAGAAGCCCAUAAAGACGGAAUGGAAUUCCCAGUGUGUCAUUUUCACUUAUUUCCAAGGAGACAUCAACAGUGUCGUGGAUGAGCACUUCUCAAGAGCUCUGAGCAAUAUCAAGAGACCCCAAGGAUUGAACUCCUCAAGCCAGAGUGAAGAUGUGAUCCUGAGGAAUGAUAGUGACAUGCCUCCAAAUCAGUGGCGUUUCUCUUCUCCUUGGACAAAGUCACAACUGGAAAUGUCGCGUGCAAAUAGUGCCAACAACAGCAGCUUGAAUAUGUCUGGUCCCUUGGCUAUGAAUCAGUAUCCACUGUCUCUGCCUGAGACCCACUCUGUUCAGCCUCGGGAUCUGUGGCAUUUUCCCUCCCUAGCCAGCCCCAGGUCCCUGGAGCCUGGCUACUCUCAUGUCUUUCCGGAUGGGCACCUGGUUCCAGAGCCCCGGCCUGAUGGGAAAUGUGAGCCUCUCCUAGGUCUCCUCCAGCAAGACAGAUGUCUAAACUGUCCUCAGAAAUUUGCCACGAGAGAGGAUCGCAACCCUGUCCAGAUAGCCGGAAGCACAGGAUUGCUUUUCAACCUACCUCCCAGAUCAGUCCACUGUAAGAAAAUAUAUGUCUCCCCAAGUCAUGGACCUGCCAGUCCCAACCUUGCAAAUGAAAUCUCCUUGCUCAACCAACUGUGUGACCACAGGCAAAUAACUCAGCUUCUGGAGAGCAAGCCUCCGUUAGAGGAGUGGGACCAUGGACAGACCUUCAAGCAGAAGGAAGUAGUAACCACCCUUUAUACUGUCCUUCCCAGGACAGUUUCAGAUCUCAUGGAUGCUGUAGACUCCAGACUCAUCAUCCACCUGUCUACUGGCCACCAGUUCCCAGAGGCCCCUCAAUCAUCAGUCCCUGCCAAGUAUGUUUCUACUCCUGCAUUUUCUGAAUCGUUUAAUGACAACAUCAUUAACCCAGCCAAGCAAGAUAAGAACUUGGAAAUAAAUUCCAUGUUUUAUUGA